UUCACGCGCCUCUUGCUUCUGUCCCACCGCCACACGGCUCAUUGCUUCCACCUCAGUGAGCUACUUCUCCCUCCAGCGUCACCUUCUACACCGUCCUCUGUGCCUCUCCCGAAGUUGAAUAUGUUUCGGGAAAAGUCUUUUUCACCACCUGUUCUGACUUGAAUAUGCUGAAAACAUUAAAAUCCGCAGAAAGAUUAUUUUUGCUGAUUAAAAAGCAGUUUCCGUUCAGUGUUUCUUCUGUAAGUAAAGAUUUUAUUUACUUAGGAAAAAUAGUUAAUGAAAUGCAAAGACUUAUAAAUGAUGAUCCUGAAAGUUGGUUGAAUGCCAUUUCAAUUUGGAAAAAUCUUCUUGAACUUGAUACAAAAAGGGAAGAACAUUCUCAAAGAGAUAACCCACUAAAAAGAAAAAUGGGAGAAAAUGACACCGUCAUUGCUAAGAAAUUAAAAGCAGAACAAAUGCAAGAGGCACAAGAGAAUAGGGAAUGCCAGCUGGAAAAACAAAUAGAAGAGGAAAUGCUGGAGCAAGGAAAAAAUUUUCAAGAACUUCAGAACGAUGUAGCGAAAGCAGCUGAUACUAACCAGGACGACUUGACCUUCAGAGUUUCUUGCCGCUGCAGUGGAGCUAUUGCAAAGAACUUUUCUGCACAGGAGGUAGGAAGAAUCAUUGGAAUUGCUCUUAUGAAACAGUUUGGAUGGAAAGCAGAUUUGAGGAAUCCAAAUUUAGAGAUCUUUAUACACCUGAAUGACAUUUACUCUGUUAUGGGAAUUCCUGUGUUCAGGGUUCCUUUAGCCAGCAGAUCUUACCUCAGGGUGGCAGGACUGAGGUCCACCAUAGCAUGGGCGAUGGCCUCUGUCGCUGAAAUUAAGGCUGGUGCAUUUGUUUUAGAUCCAAUGUGUGGACUCGGAACAAUACUUUUGGAAGCUGCUAAAGAAUGGCCAGAUGUGUACUAUGUGGGUGCUGAUGUCAGUGACUCACAGUUACUAGGUGCAUGCGACAAUCUGAAAGCUGCAGGCCUCAUGGAUAAAAUUGAGUUACUUAAAGUCUCUGUUAUAGAAUUGCCAUUGCCCUCAGAAAGUGUCGAUGUUAUUAUUUCUGACAUUCCAUUUGGGAAAAAGUUUAAGUUAGGAAAAGACAUCAAAAGCAUUCUACAAGAAAUGGAGAGAGUGCUUCACGUUGGUGGAACCAUUGUAUUGUUGCUCAGUGAAGAUCACCGUAGGCGACUUAAAGACUGUAAAGAGAGCAGCAUCCCUUUGAAUUCCAAAGGCGGCCACAUGGAUGAACCUGGAGUUGAAAAGUGCUUGAUUCCGGAAGAAAAAACUGGCAUAUCAGAGACAGUGUCAUCUUCAUUGGAAGCCAGUAACCGGGAAUGCUUACACAGAAUGCCACUAUUUGGCUCUUUGGUGCCAGUAGAAUGCUACAAAGUUAGCCUUGGGAAAACAGAUGCAUUUAUACACAAAUAUAAGAAGUCGUCCUCUUCUGGACUGUAGCAGGCUAGGUGCUGUGAGCAGGUUCAAGGCCUUACAUGUCAGCUCUGCUGCAGAGAGGUUGCCUCCAGGAUCCUAACAGUGCCACAGAGUCCCAAGUAGACAGAUGGAAGGCGAGGCUGCUGGACUCGAGUUUUUAGUAAGAAUGUCUGCUUUAGGCUCUAAAGGGAUUACUGUUUCUGACAAGGAACAAUUAAUAAGUACUUAAACUGAAGUACUCUUAAACUUUAUAUUCUAUGAGAAUAGGAAAAGUUUUCAGAGGUUCACAGAGUAUCAAAAUCAUCACAAGGUUGAUAAUAUUUUAACUAUCAGAUUCUUUUGAAUCGGGAAGCUUUUAUGUUAAUCUUUUGAUAUCUAACUUGAUUUUUGAACCUAGAACUUUUUUCUUCAUUAGAAUGAAAAUUUUAUGUACAGUACAUUUUAUAUGUUGUAUGUCUCGUAUUAUGUAAAACAUCAAUGGGAAUAAUGAUCUGAGUUAAGCCAAUGUUCUUUUGCUUUUUUUCUAAAAGCACUAAUAAAUUGUUACCUCAUUUUGUUUAAAUUAAA